AUGGCGAUACCAGCUAGUGCCUUAAAAACACCAUCGCUGGGCGCACAGAAAGCCAGCUUUGGUGGUAGCUUUCCUCCUUUUCGCCCGACACUUCUCCCUCCCUUGUCCUUGCUGUGGCAGAGUGCGGCCAGCUGGGCCCGGGAAGUGGUGAUCCAGAGACUGAUCUUUGUGAGAAAUGUGUGUGAGAACGAAGAGCAGCGGCUGCUGGAGAAGGUGCAUGCGGAGGAGGAGAGGACUCACCAGAGCAUCCUGACCCAGCAAGCUCACUGGAGCGAGUCUCUGCAGAAACUGGCUACCCUCCGCACCUACCUAGUGGACAUGAUCACCAACUUGGAUGACCACGGCCUGGUGCACGCGGAGCAGGAGAUCUUCGAGAGGACAGAGGCAGCGGAGGGAAUCCUGGAGCCGCAGGAGUCCGAGAAGUUAAACUUUAAUCAGAAAUGUGUUCAGAGUCCAUUACUGCACCAGCUGUGGGCCUCUGCUGUUCUCAGCUGUGCCACAGGUUUGGAAGAGGUUCUCGUAGAUGAGAAAACUGUCAGCCCCCUGCUGGCCCUGUCCGAAGAUAAGAAAACCUUGGCAUUCAGCCCCAAGAAGGCAAAGACCUAUCCAGACUGCCCGGAGCGUUUCGAUCACUGGCCCAACGCCUUGGGCACUAAGGCCUUCCACAAAGGGACCCAUGCCUGGAGGAUCAGCGUAGACAAAAGCUGCGCGUACAAACUGGGCUUUUCUUAUGGCUCCUUGCAGCGCAAAGGGCCUGGCAGUGCAGCCCGGCUAGGCUACAACCCUUUCUCCUGGGUGUUCUCACGCUAUGACAAGGAGUUCUGCUUCUCGCACAAUGGCCAUCAUCAGGCGGUGGAGCUAGUCAAGUGCCCCGUACAGGUGGGCGUGAUGGUCGACUUGGAUGGCGGGGAAGUGCUGUUCUAUGACCCUAUUGCCUGUGUCAUCCUCCACUCGCACCAUGAAGCCUUUACUGCACCCAUCUACCCCGUGUUUGCUGUGGCUGACCAGAGCAUCUCCCUCAUUCAGUGAAUGAGGCCUGGCACAGGGGCAGCAGCUCACCCACCAGCUCCGUGGGGAAAAGGGGGAGCUUUCUGCAGAGACGCACAACUUGGCAUGCCACCUGCUGGAUCUUCAGUUACUCCAAGCAGCCAGGAUGGGGCUGGCAGCCUGAAUGCACUGAUACCUUGUGUCCGGGGUCCCAGGGGGGCCACACUGAGAUUGCUCAGUCAGGGCAAACUGCAACAAAUGGGGCAGACGAUCCCCCAAACUGGAGGUUAUUUCUAAUAAUUAGAUUCACCGAUCCAUGAACAAAACAGCUUCUAUAAUAUCUUCCUGGUUACCCAGAAGCCACAAACACAUCCAGCCCUGGGCUCCCACCCAGACAGUCCAGUCAAAGUUGAGGAUUACUGAAAAUCAUAUUCAUCAUAAAAAUAAGUUCUACCAAGCCCAAAUAAUUGGACACAUUACCUGCCAGGUCAAUGAAUAUUUCAGAUCUUACCCAAAUACAUGCUUACAGACACU